AUGGCGCUGACGCCCGGGAGGGGGCCCUCGGCGGGGCUCGUCCGACCCGAGCUCUGGCUGCUGCUGUGGGCAGCCGCGUGGCGCCUGGGUGCCACCGCGUGCCCCGCCCUCUGCACCUGCACCGGCACCACGGUGGACUGCCACGGCACGGGGCUGCAGGCCAUCCCAAAGAACAUCCCACGGAACACGGAGCGCCUGGAACUCAACGGCAACAACAUCACUCGGAUCCAUAAAAAUGACUUUGUGGGACUCAAGCAGCUGCGGGUGCUGCAGCUGAUGGAGAACCAGAUUGGAGUGGUGGAACGGGGGGCUUUCGACGACAUGAAGGAGCUGGAGCGGCUACGACUGAACCGGAACCAGCUGCACAGUUUGCCAGAACUGCUGUUCCAGAAUAACCAGGCUCUGUCGAGGCUGGACCUGAGUGAGAACACCAUCCAGGCCAUCCCCAGGAAAGCUUUUCGUGGAGCUACAGACCUCAAAAAUUUACAGCUGGACAAGAACCAGAUUAGCUGCAUCGAGGAAGGGGCCUUCCGGGCUCUGCGGGGGCUGGAGGUGCUGACCCUGAACAACAACAACAUCACCACCAUCCCCGUGUCCAGCUUCAACCACAUGCCCAAGCUGCGGACCUUCCGCCUGCACUCCAACCACCUGUUCUGUGACUGCCACCUGGCCUGGCUCUCCCAGUGGCUGAGGCAGCGGCCAACCAUCGGGCUCUUCACCCAGUGCUCGGGCCCCGCCAGCCUGCGUGGCCUCAAUGUAGCCGAGGUCCAGAAGAGUGAGUUCAGCUGCUCAGGCCAAGGAGAAGCGGGCCGAGUGCCUUCCUGCACCCUGUCCUCCGGCUCCUGCCCGGCCAUGUGUACCUGCAGCAAUGGCAUUGUGGACUGUCGUGGCAAAGGCCUCACUGCCAUCCCCGCCAACCUGCCUGAGAGCAUGACAGAGAUCCGCCUGGAGCUCAAUGGGAUCAAGUCCAUCCCUCCCGGAGCCUUCUCUCCCUACAGAAAACUGCGGAGGAUAGACCUGAGCAACAACCAGAUUGCAGAGAUCGCUCCCGAUGCCUUCCAGGGCCUCCGCUCCCUGAACUCGCUGGUCCUGUAUGGGAACAAGAUCACAGACCUCCCCCGGGGUGUGUUUGGAGGCCUGUACACCCUACAGCUCCUGCUCUUGAAUGCCAACAAGAUCAACUGUGUCCGGCCCGAUGCCUUCCAGGAUCUGCAGAACCUCUCGCUCCUCUCCCUGUAUGACAACAAGAUCCAGAGUCUCGCCAAGGGCACCUUCACCUCCCUGCGGGCCAUCCAGACCCUGCACCUGGCACAGAACCCUUUCAUCUGCGACUGUAACCUCAAGGGGCUGGCAGACUUCCUGCGCACCAACCCCAUUGAGACGAGCGGGGCCCGCUGUGCCAGCCCCCGGCGCCUCGCCAACAAGCGCAUCGGGCAGAUCAAGAGCAAGAAGUUCCGGUGCUCAGCCAAAGAGCAGUAUUUCAUUCCAGGCACGGAGGAUUACCAGCUGAACAGCGAGUGCAACAGCGACGUGGUCUGUCCCCACAAGUGCCGCUGUGAGGCCAGCCUGGUGGAGUGCUCCAGCCUGAAGCUCACCAAGAUCCCUGAGCGCAUCCCCCAGUCCACGGCCGAGCUACGAUUAAACAACAAUGAGAUUUCCAUCCUGGAAGCCACUGGGAUAUUUAAAAAACUCACUCAUCUGAAGAAGAUCAAUCUGAGCAACAACAAGGUGUCCGAAAUCGAAGAUGGGGCCUUCGAGGGUGCGGGCUCUGUGAGCGAGCUGCACCUGACCGCCAACCAGCUGGAGUCCAUCCGGAGCGGCAUGUUCCGAGGCCUGGACGGCUUAAGGACGCUGAUGCUGAGGAACAACCGCAUCAGCUGCAUCCACAACGACAGCUUCACGGGCCUGCGCAACGUCCGCCUGCUCUCGCUCUACGACAACCAGAUCGCCACCAUCUCCCCUGGGGCCUUCGACACCCUGCAGGCCCUCUCCACGCUAAACCUUCUGGCCAACCCUUUCAACUGCAACUGUCAGCUGGCCUGGCUGGGGGACUGGCUGCGGAGGAGGAAGAUUGUGACAGGGAACCCGCGGUGCCAGAACCCAGACUUCCUGCGGCAGAUCCCCCUGCAGGACGUGGCCUUCCCUGACUUCAGGUGUGAGGAAGGCCAGGAGGAGGGGGGCUGCCUGCCCCGCCCCCAGUGCCCCCAGGAAUGUGCCUGCCUGGACACGGUGGUCCGAUGCAGCAACAAGCACCUCCAGGUCCUGCCGAAAGGCAUCCCCAAGAAUGUCACGGAACUUUACUUGGAUGGGAACCAGUUCACACUGGUUCCGGGACAGCUGUCUACCUUCAAGUAUCUGCAGCUUGUGGACUUGAGUAACAACAAGAUCAGUUCCUUGAGCAAUUCCUCCUUCACCAACAUGAGCCAGCUGACCACUCUGAUUCUCAGCUACAACGCCCUCCAGUGCAUCCCUCCGCUGGCCUUCCAGGGGCUGCGCUCCCUGCGCCUGCUGUCCCUGCAUGGCAAUGACAUCUCCACCCUCCAAGAGGGCAUCUUCACAGACGUGACCUCCCUGUCUCACCUGGCCAUUGGUGCCAACCCUCUGUACUGUGACUGCCACCUCCGCUGGCUGUCUGGCUGGGUGAAGACGGGCUAUAAGGAACCGGGCAUUGCCCGCUGUGCUGGGCCCCCGGACAUGGAGGGCAAGCUGCUCCUCACCACGCCUGCCAAGAAGUUUGAAUGCCAAGGUCCCCCCGCGCUGGCUGUCCAGGCCAAGUGUGAUCCCUGCUUGUCCAGCCCGUGCCAGAACCAGGGCACUUGCCAUAAUGAUGCCCUUGAGGCGUACAGGUGUGUCUGCUCCAGUGGCUAUAAGGGCCGUGACUGCGAGGUGUCCCUGGACAGCUGUUCCAGCAGCCCCUGUGGAAACGGCGGGACCUGCCACCCGCGGCAGGGCGAGGAUGCUGGGUUCACGUGUUCCUGUCCCACUGGCUUUGAAGGACCAACCUGUGAGGUGAAUACGGACGACUGUGUGGAGCACACAUGUGCCAACGGGGGCACCUGUGUGGAUGGCGUGGGCAACUACACCUGCCAGUGCCCCCUGCAGUAUGCGGGAAGGGCCUGUGAGCAGCUGGUGGACUUCUGUUCUCCAGAUUUGAACCCGUGUCAGCACGGAGCCCAGUGCGUGGGUACUCCAGAUGGACCCAGGUGUGAGUGCGCAUCAGGUUACGCAGGUAACAACUGCAGUGAGAACCAGGAUGACUGCAGGGACCACCGCUGCCAGCAUGGGGCCCGGUGUGUGGAUGGAGUCAACAGCUACUCUUGCCUCUGUACUGAAGGCUACAGUGGGCAGUUCUGUGAGACCCCUCCCCGCCCACCUGCCCCCAGAAGCCCCUGCGAGGGGACUGAGUGCCAGAAUGGAGCCAACUGUGUGGACCAGGGCAGCGGGCCGGUGUGCCAGUGCCUUCCAGGUUUCGGCGGCCCCGAGUGUGAGAAGUUGCUCAGUGUUAACUUUGUGGAUCGGGACACCUACCUGCAGUUCACCGAUCUGCAGAACUGGCCACGGGCCAACAUCACGCUGCAGGUCUCCACGGCAGAGGACAACGGGAUCCUGCUGUACAAUGGGGACAAUGACCACAUCGCAGUGGAGCUGUACCAGGGUCAUGUGCGUGUCAGCUACGACCCAGGCAGCUACCCCAGCUCUGCCAUCUACAGUGCUGAGACGAUCAAUGACGGGCAGUUCCACACUGUUGAGCUAGUCACCUUUGACCAGAUGGUGAAUCUCUCCAUCGAUGGAGGCAGUCCCAUGACCAUGGACAACUUUGGCAAACACUACACACUAAACAGCGAGGCCCCCCUCUACGUGGGAGGGAUGCCAGUGGAUGUGAACUCGGCUGCCUUCCGCCUGUGGCAGAUCCUCAACGGCACCAGCUUCCACGGUUGCAUCCGAAACCUGUACAUUAACAACGAACUGCAGGACUUCACCAAGACGCGGAUGAAGCCAGGCGUGGUGCCAGGCUGUGAGCCCUGCCGAAAGCUCUACUGCCUGCAUGGCAUCUGCCAGCCCAAUGCCACCCCUGGGCCCGUGUGCCAUUGUGAGGCCGGCUGGGGGGGCCUACACUGUGACCAGCCAGCCGACGGCCCCUGCCAUGGCCACAAGUGUGUCCACGGGCAAUGUAUGCCCCUCGACGCUCUCUCCUACAGCUGCCAGUGCCAGGAUGGGUACUCGGGGGCUCUGUGCAACCAGGCUGGGGCACCUGUAGACCCCUGCGGGGGCCUGCAGUGCCUGCAUGGCCACUGCCAGGCCUUGGCCACCAAAGGGGCACACUGUGUGUGUGACCCAGGCUUUUCGGGCGAGCUGUGUGAGCAAGAGUCCGAGUGCCGGGGGGACCCUGUCCGGGACUUUCACCAGGUCCAGAGGGGCUAUGCCAUCUGCCAGACCACGCGCCCGCUGUCGUGGGUGGAGUGCCGGGGCUCAUGCCCAGGUCAGGGCUGCUGCCAGGGCCUGCGGCUGAAGCGGAGGAAGUUCACCUUUGAGUGCAGCGACGGGACCUCUUUUGCCGAGGAGGUGGAGAAGCCCACCAAGUGUGGCUGUGCCCUCUGCGAGUAG